AAUACGUGGGUAGUCGAUGUAGGACGCUGUGUUACCAUAACCUGACAUUUGAUCAGUCAGAAAAUAGCGAUGAUGAAAAAUAUUGCUUUAAUAUGUUUAAGAAAACAUGUUCUUUAGUGUAACGAAUAUGUAUUAUUCGAUUAAAGAUUACAUCAGGAGUUUUUUCUCAAACGCCCUCGAGGCCCCCAGGAAAAGAAGAGCUAAUGAUACCCCAGAUUAUGAGAUAGUGCCCAAAUGCAGACGACUAACGUCGACGAUGUCCAGAUCGAACUUACACGAUAACUGGUCAAUCAACAGACGGCUUAGAAACAGGCUUUCAGGCACCCGAUUAAAUCAGCCUAACUUAAUCGAAACAAUAACCCUGGAUGAUGAAGACAAUGGGAGAACGUUUCAAAAGGCAAGCUCAAACAGAUCAAAGUUCACGUCGUCCACCCCACAGGAAUCGCGAACAAAACUCACAUACUCAAACGGUGUCGAUGAUGAAGUGUUAUUUGUUAGGGAGGACAAAUCCCCAAACGAAAAACACGAAAUGGCCAAGAAAGCUGGCUUGAAUUUCGUCAGCACCUCAGAUCUCUUCAACGUGAAACCAUCCACGUCGGCGAGAAAUGGGAUUAAUCCAAGACUGUCGAAUUCCAAACGUAACUCGUCGAGCAGUAUCGACGCCUCGAUAAGGCUAGAUGACAAAAUGACAUACAAACGAUUACUGGAUACUGUCAUCAAUAACAGCUCGAAUUCUUCCCUAUAUUACACACCACAAGGUGAAUAUUUCAACAGCAGCAAUCAGAGAACCAACAGAAUCAUGGGUAUGGCACAGCAAAACUGUGACAAGAAGAAUGACUCGAGCAGUUCCAACAAGAAAAUGUCCACUAAAGCCACAAUCAUUAAAGUGCUCGAUGAUUAUGAAGGGGACUCUGUCCUUAUAAGAGACUCAGAUAGUGAUAGUUCUGUUACGGAGUGCCGGCCUCCAUCACCCCUGCCGGACAUCAAAGUGGAGCCAGUCAACAGUCUUAAAGUUGAGUUGGACAGCAAUGAACACACAAAAAGCGACUGGUUGAGCUCUGUAAUUGCUCGCCACAAAAGCCAGUCGGAGCUCAGACAGAGGGAGAUCGACCAGCUGAAACAAGCAUCGUCCUCGUACGAAGCGAUAAACAGGGACAUACGUCGGCUACGCAUCAGCCACAACAUCAACGAGUCCCUGUUGCUUAAGGAGGCCGUGCUGCCGAUUUACGUUGAAGAUGACGGAUUGCCCGUGUUGACGGAGGAGCAAUCGGAUCUGGCCAAACGAUCCCUUGUUGGCGACCCGAACGAAGUGCUCGCCGCCAAGUUUAACUUGCAGAUAACCAGGAGGGACAUACAGACUUUGUCCGGCUUGAACUGGCUGAACGACGAAGUGAUAAACUUCUACAUGAACCUGAUUAUCGAAAGGAGCAAAUGUAGCACCAGAUGGCCCAAGACCUACGCCAUGAACACGUUCUUCUACACGAAAAUUUCGAAGGACGGGCCGGGGUCCGUUAGGAGGUGGACAAAGAAGGUUGAUCUGUUCAGCUAUGACCUGAUGUGUAUUCCGAUACAUCUGGGGAUGCACUGGUGCAUGGCUGCGGUGGACUUCAGGGUUAAGGCCAUUAAAUAUUACGACAGCAUGGGCUCCAACAACAAUAGAUGCUUGAAUGCGUUAAGAAGCUAUCUGGAAUGUGAGCACAUGGAUAAAAAAAAGACUGCUUUGGAUACAAGUGUAUAUACAUUGGAGAAUGUCAAGGGUAUUCCGCAACAGAUGAACGGCAGCGAUUGCGGCAUGUUCUCGUGCACGUUUGCGGAAUUUUUGAGUAGGGACGCUAAAUUUGAAUUCACCCAAGAGGACAUGCCAUACCUACGGCAGAAAAUGAUCGUUGAAAUAUUAACUGGCGGGCUCCUCGUAAAGUGAAACUGUUUUCGUUUGGUAAAUUUUAUUUUUCUAAAAAAUAAUGUAUGUAAAUUAUUUAUUUCGAACAAGGAUUUAUUGACAUAAAUUAAAAUCUGAAAUCUAAACGAUGUUUUACACGUAAUAGGUAUCAAUAGUAAUGUUUUUCUUAUUUUUUUAUAUAUGUACACAUAAAAUUAGAGCUGUUUAUUUUUCACAUUUUGUAUAUAUGUGGACUAUUGUCUUGAAUUUUUCUACUCAAAAUGAUUUCAGUAUUUUUAUGUAGUUUUAAAGUAAUAAAAUUAAAUAUGAUUCACAUUGAAUUAUUCCAUACCUUGUAAAUACUGAUAAUUGUUUCUUUACAUACAUUGUCAAAAUUGAAUUGUAUUUGACCGGUACGUUAUUGUUUUUUAUUGUAAAAAAUGUUUAAAUUCACUAUGUUAGGUAAGCAACGUCAGAAAAUUGUACAUGGAUUAAACACGUUGUAUAAAACAAUAAAGGAAUUAUAGAAAACAACAA